AUGGGAAGCAAUUGUGCAACAUGUUAGAGUUGUUAGAAAAAAGAAGAAGUUAUAAUGAGUCAGGAAGAAUAGCAAUCAUCGAGAUAAAUGCAUGAAUAUUCAUAAUAGCCAAAUGAGGAAGAUGAUGAUAAUGAUCAUCUUGAAGAUAAAAACCUAGAUGGUUCAAGUCAAAUUGUACAAAAAUAUUUGAACUUGGAUUUAAAACCAAAAAAAGAAGUUGCACCAAUUUAAUCGGUUCCUGCCUAAAUCAUAGAAAUUCCACAAGCAUAAAUUGUCAUAACAAAUGAAUCAAACUAAGAUAGUAAAAAAAGAAAAAAUGAAAUGAUGUUGAGAAAUUAGGAAGACAUGCAUGAAACUUACAUAAGCAAAUCGGAAAAUUCAGUUAGAGAGAGGAGACCUAGACAUAUAUUUAAAAGUGGAGCUUACUAUGAUGGUGAAUGGAUUGGUUAAAGCAGAGAUGGGUAUGGAAUUUAAAUCUGGAAUGAUGGAGCAAAGUAUGAAGGUGAAUGGAAGAAUAAUAGAGCUAAUGGUAGAGGUUAAUUUUGGCAUGUUGAUGGGGACUUCUUUGACGGCGAAUGGAAAGAUGAUAAGGCUUGUGGAAAAGGCGUUUAUACUCACCUCAAUGGAGCAAAAUAUGAAGGUGAUUGGAUGGAUGAUCUUCAACAUGGAUUUGGAGUAGAGAUAUGGGCUGACAAUGCCAAGUUUGAAGGAUAAUAUUAAAAUGGAAAAAAGGAAGGAUUAGGAAAAUACUUCUGGGCAGAUGGUUCUUCUUAUGUAGGGAAUUGGAGUGAAAAUAAGUUAUUUGGAUUUGGUGUAUAUACAUGGCCUGAUGGAAGAAAAUAUUUAGGGGAGUGGGCAAAUAAUCAAAUGAAUGGAAGAGGCAUAUACUUAUGGAAGGAUGGGCGAAAAUAUGAGGGUUUUUAUUUGAAUGACAAAAAGCAUGGCUAUGGAAUUUACAUAUGGCCUGAUGGAAGGAAAUACGAGGGGUAUUGGAAUAAUGGUAAAUAAUCUGGAAAAGGUAGGUAUGUACUACAAAAUGGCAAGAGUUAAUUGGGCCUUUGGGAAGAUGGAAAAAGGAUUAAAUGGGUUGACUAAUCAGAGUAAAAUAAAGACAUAAGUCCAAAAGAUUGGAAUUCAUAUGUAUAUCCAACUUUGUUUUAAUGA